CUCGACAAAGUUUUUCGUUUUGCCCUUUCACUCCCCUAGACUCCUACUUUGUGAAUCCAUUUUUUUUUUUUUUUGUUUCUUUCUUGUGUGAUUUAAUUAAAAGAUUCUGUGAAACCUUAGUAGCAUCCAUAAACCGGAUAAUUAAGGAUUGUGAGAGAGAAUGAAUCACUCAACUUCUGAUCAGAGCCUCUACCUUGAGAGCGAUGAAGGAGACGACGAGAGAAAGAACUUGUCCGAAGAUGAACAAGACGACGGGACCUUGUCUGAUUUUUCUCAUGACGCUUACAAUCAAAACCAUCAUGAUCACCCUAAAGCCAGCCCAUACUCAACGGCAUGGCCAAAGAGUUAUAGGCAGUCGAUUGAUAUGUAUGGAAGUGUACCAUCACCCAACUUGGGUUUUCUGGCUAACUCUUCAAUGUCGAGAUUAGGAAGCUCUUUCUUGUCUACCACUCUGACAAGAAGACAUACUCCGGAAACAUUACCUUGUGUUACAAAACCUCUGCUAGUAGAUGAAGAAGCACCAAAGCAUAAACGUAGCUCUCAUUUCCUGCUUCCGUCCAAACCAUUGUCCAUGGUGUCUCAUGAAAUGGCAAUCUCCAAAGAUAGCUCGUUUGGACAGGCUGUUCUUAAUGGAGUGAAUGUUCUAUGUGGGGUUGGAAUAUUGUCAACACCAUAUGCUGUGAAGGAAGGAGGAUGGUUAGGACUUAUCAUUCUCUUUGCGUUUGGCAUUCUUUGCUUUUAUACUGGUCUGCUUUUGCGUUACUGUCUCGAUAGCCACCCCGACCUUCAGACUUAUCCCGAUAUUGGCCAUGCCGCCUUCGGCUCCUUCGGUCGCAUCCUUGUCUCCAUAAUACUCUAUCUGGAGCUCUAUGCUAUGAGUGUUGAAUACAUCAUUUUGGAAAGUGAUAAUCUUUCAUCAAUGUUUCCAAAUGCCACUCUAAGUAUUGGAGGGUUUCAGUUAGAUGCACCUCAUCUAUUUGCUCUGCUUACCACCCUCGCUGUUCUUCCAACCGUUUGGCUUCGAGAUCUCAGCGUUCUAAGUUACAUUUCCGCUGGAGGGGUGAUUGCAUCAGUGUUGGUGGUUUUGUGCUUGUUUUGGAUUGGUGUGGUUGAUGAUGUUGGAAUUCACAGCAAAGGAACCCCUCUGAACCUCGCAACGUUACCUGUUUCUGUUGGACUAUAUGGUUAUUGUUACUCAGGACAUGGUGUUUUCCCUAACAUUUACACCUCUAUGGCCAAACCCUCUCAGUUUCCUGCUGUUCUCUUGACUUGCUUUGGAAUAUGUACUCUGAUGUAUGCGGGUGUUGCUGUUAUGGGAUAUAGCAUGUUUGGAGAAUCAACAGAAUCACAGUUUACUCUUAACAUGCCUCAAGAUUUGGUUGCAUCUAAGAUUGCUUUGUGGACUACAGUAGUUAAUCCAUUUACGAAAUAUGCUUUGACAUUAUCUCCAGUUGCGAUGAGUCUUGAGGAGUUAAUACCAUCAAACCAUGGGAAGUCACGUUUCUACGCAAUCACCAUUAGAAGUGCAUUAGCCUUCUCUACUUUGCUCGUUGGUCUUGCGAUUCCCUUCUUCGGCCUCGUUAUGUCAUUGAUUGGAUCUUUCUUGACAAUGCUCAUUACGCUGAUACUACCUCCUGCUUGUUUCUUAAGCAUUGUAAGGAGUAAAGUAACCCCUACUCAGGUGACGAUCUGUAUCUUAAUUAUGAUAGUAGGAGCAGUAUGUUCAGUCAUUGGCACAUAUUCAGCCCUUGCAAAGAUCAUCGAGAAGUUGAACACAUAAAACAGAUCAGUCUUGAGAUAUUAUUAUUUUGUCUCUCUUGCGAUUGUUGUUUUUGUCCUAAAUCAAUAGAAACUCUCAAUUUAUAUGGAACAUUCCAAACACAUGAUUGUAUAA